UACUCUUCGCUGCUGGCAAACACAUUCAGUUAAUAAAUAAACUUAAUCAGUCGCAAAUAUCUAAAUAGUUUUAAAUAUUGCUGCGCAUAAUUCUGUGAUAUAAAAAAUAUUUUUAGUUUGUUUGUCUUGUGCCUACAUUUUUAAAAUAUUUUUUUACACAUCCUACGAGUAUUAUUAAAAAGCAAUUAACCGUAAUGAUAUCAAAGUUUACUCUUUUGUACGCCGGCAGUGGCCAGCAGGCGACCAAAUGCGUAAUGGAUCAGCUGUUGGUGCGUCAGCUGUCAAAUAGUUCGCCGCGCGCUCAACAUGUGAUUCUUGAGCAUUUCGAAACCAAGGAAGAAGCACGUGAGGACCCCGAAUGGGUAAAUGCGAAAGAUUACGAGCAGAUUCCUGGCCCUAGCAGCUAUCGUAUGUUGAGAGAUCAAUUACCAGGAGGUCGUCUAUAUAAAACUAACAUGCAUGUAUUGGAAAGGCAUUAUCGUGAACGAUAUGGCGAUAUAUUUCGUAUAAGUGGAAUUUUGGGUAAACCCGACACUGUGUUCACCUUCAAUCCAGCAGAUUUUGAAACAGUCUACCGCAAUGAAACCAUCUGGCCGGUAAGGGUAGGUUUGGAGAGUUUGGGACAUUAUCGGCUUAAGAAGCGACCAGAUGUUUUUCAAGGCGUUGCUGGCUUAGUCACGUCACAGGGCAGAGCUUGGGGCGAUAUACGUAAUAAAGUAAAUCCGGUUAUGAUGAAGGUACAGAAUAUCCGACAGAACUUGCCAGAAGUUGAUAAUAUUGCGCAAGACUUUUUGGAUAGAUUGGACUCAAAGUUGGACCACAACACCGGCAAAUUGACCACCGAUCUUACAGAAGAAAUUAAAAUGUGGGCUUUCGAGUCGGUCGCGGUGGUCGCGCUCAACACGCGCUUGGGUCUUUUAGCGCGCGACAAGCCAGAUCCUAAUGUCCUAAAAAUUGUCGACGGUAUGAAUGCAUUUUUCGAAAAGGCCUACACAUACGAUGUGACACCGUCAUUUUGGAAGUACAUUGAAACACCCGGCUUUAAAGAGCUUAUGAAAGCUUAUGAAGAUGUUACCGACGCCACCACAUUCUAUAUUGAAAAGGCGAUGGAGAAGUUCGAAAAUGAGCAAAAUGACGAAGCGCGUAGCGUGCUGGAGAAACUUUAUCGUAUAAAUAAGAAUGUGGCUGUGGUGAUGGCUAUAGACAUGCUGAUGGCCGGUUUGGAUACGACCUCUGCCACAGUUAUUUCGGUGCUACACUUUUUGGGUCAAAACCCCGAAAAGCAGGAAGAACUGCGCAAAGAGCUUUUUAAGCUGCUGCCUGAUCCAAAAAUGCCUUUAACUGAGGAGAAUACCAAAAAUAUGCCUUACUUGCGCGCUUGUAUAAAGGAAUCGCUACGCCUUAAGCCUAUCGCCAACGGUAACUUCCGCCUGUCCGGUCGUGAUAUUGUGCUUUCCGGUUAUAAGGUGCCCAAAGGCGUCGGCGUUUAUAUGGCUACCAUGUCACUUUCCAAUAGUGAUGAGUACUUCGAAAGAAGUGCAGAAUUCUUGCCAGAACGUUGGAUCAAGGCAGCCAAAGCCACCUGCCCAGUCUCACAGAAACACAACCCGUUUGUCUAUUUGCCAUUUGGCUUUGGUCCACGCACAUGCAUUGGCAAGCGGCUUGCCGAGCUAGAGAUGGAAACGCUUUUAGUGAGAUUGAUUCGCAAUUAUCGAGUGACUUGGGUGGGUGAGAAGCCACUAGAAUAUAUAAACGAUUUGAUUUUGCGCCCAACUGGAGAAAUGAAGUUCAAGUUUGAGAAGUUGUGAGCAUAAUUUUGAAAAUAAUAUAUAAUAUAUGUAUGUAUAUGUUUAUAUAUGUGAUAUGUGUUAUAAUUGUUGAAACUAGAAAUAAUAUUUAAUUUAUGGGAGAAUAAUAUUUCAUUGUAAACUAA